AUGCCAUCUCGACUGAGCAAGAACAGGAAGCUGAGGGGACACGUAUCGGGCGGUCACGGUCGUAUCGGCAAGCACCGCAAGCAUCCCGGUGGACGUGGUCUCGCUGGUGGUCAGCACCACCACCGCACCAACUUCGACAAGUACCACCCUGGUUACUUCGGUAAGGUCGGUAUGCGUCAUUUCCACCUUCUGCGCAACCCGCAGCACAAGCCCGUCGUCAACCUCGACAAGCUCUGGACCCUCGUCUCCGAGGAGCACAAGAAGGCUGCCACCGGUGACAAGGUGCCCGUCAUCGACACGCUCGCUGCUGGCUACGGAAAGGUCCUCGGCAAGGGUCGCCUCCCCCAGAGGCCGAUCAUUGUCAAGGCGCGUUGGGUUUCGGCGUUGGCUGAGAAGAAGAUCAAGGAGGCUGGUGGUGUCGUCAAGGUGAGCACGAGCAGAGGCGACGGUUCGGUGACAUCUUGAGGAGCAGUCGACUCACAUCCUAUCACCCCUCUUCUCACGCACACGCAGCUCGUCGCCUAAACCUUUGGACCAUUUCCGAUUGGCUUGUCUUCCCCUCUCCCUCUGUACCAUUCACAC